GCAAACCCCAAUAAGUUUAUCAUUUAGUUGUUGACAUUUUUGUCGAGGACAAUGUUUAUACAUUUGUUUUUAUUGAUUUUGUUUAUUCCUCAAUUUCAAAGUUUGAAAGUUAUCCAAACUAGUUAUGGAAAAUUACGUGGAAUUACUGUAUGGUCCAAUGACAAAAAUCAUCGAUAUAUGUUUAAAAGUGUUCCAUUCGCAAAGCCGCCAGUAGGUAAUUUGAGGUUUGCGAAGCCUCAGAAUCCGGAAUCGUGGAGCGGUAUUCUGGAUGCAUCGAAAUAUAGUCCAGCAUGCAUGAGCAAUUCUUCUUCAACCAGCACACCGCAAAAACACUACAGCGAAGAUUGCCUCUACAUAAAUAUUUUCACCAGUGAAAAAUGUUUGAAUUCCAAGUGUCCUGUAAUCGUGUACUUUCAUGGUGGUGCAUACAAUUUAGACUCAGCAAUAAUGUUCAAUGAUACAUUUAUUUUGGAUAGAUAUGCUGCGGAAGACGUGGUUUUCGUAAUUCCAGCCGUUCGGUUAGGAGUGUUUGGACAGUUGUAUUUUGGUCCGAGUGACCUUCUUUCUGAGAAUUUAUUCCUGUAUGACGCUGUUCAAGCAUUAAGUUUUGUUCACAGUGAGAUAAACUAUUUUGGCGGCGAUUCGAAACGUGUAACUGCAAUGGGACACUCAUCUGGCGGCACUAUUGUGGAUGCAUUGGGAUUUUCAAAACUCAUCGAUCCAGGUGUCAAACUAUUUCAACAGAUGAUAGUGUUGAGUGCUACAGGAAUGUUUGGAUUUUAUGACAUGGUGGUUGAUAAUUCGUUCGCCAUUGUUGAGAAGUUUGGGUGUUACAAUGGAACAAAGGACGACCGCCCAAAUGCAAAUAUUGCAGAAAUGCUGGAUUGCAUGAGACAAAUUGAUGGACGCGAAAUGUUACUUAUGCAGCGGCAUAUGGAAGAAGUGGAUGAUCGAGAUUUUAGAAGCGUUCUGAGAGGUGCCCCAUUUUUGGAGUCGAAUGGGAAAAUUGCAGACCUCAAAAAAUCCCCGCCGUCACGAAACCUACUAUAUGGAACGACAGAGCAUGAAUUUCGCAAUGUUGACCACAUGAAUCCCUACAUUUCUGGAAUCUUUUUAGAUUUUGACAACCCAGUUGCAGUUGCGAGAUACUACGACGAACAGCUCAUGGCAAAUUUGGAAACUAUGAUAAAUGGAGAUGCAGCUGCAAUUUUCAUAUGUGCUUCAACAUUUUCGACUGCAAUGGCAAAUACUGGAGCUGAUGUGUAUCUUUUUGAAACCCGACAAAAACCGUAUAGUUUCCAUGUAUCUGAUAUGCAAUAUUUUGUUGGGAUUCAUCGAGAAAUUUAUCAUAGACCUGACAUGGAUAUUUUGGAUACUUUUUAUUCUAAACUGCUCGUGAAUUUUACAAAAAUGGGAGUGCCAUCUCCAGAAUGGGCACCACUUGACCCCGAAAGAAUGAACUAUCUAGAGCUAAAGGUAGAUUCUGACAUGAAAGAAGGACCAGUUAUGCUUGAAGGUUUUCACGAAAAAGAAAUGGAACUGUGGUUUGGAGAAAUGAUGGAAUUUGACAGAAAUGUUACAAAAAUAAGACAAUCACAAGGUUUGCCUCCGGAACAUCUUGACAUAGAGACGCAACUUAAGUACUGGGAAACGACUAAUAAACCUGAAAUCCUUACAAAAACUACUAAGGGAUUUACAUCAAUCCAUCAGGAUAACAAUAGUAACACCGUAACUACUACAGCUUCAGCACAAUCUUCAUUACUAAAAAAUGGCUCUUCAAUUUUGAAACAAUGGUGGUUUUAUUUAAUUAUAUUUUUGAUGAUAUUAUUAGUUGUGUUGAUUGUUAUUUGUCUCCGAAAACCAAAGAGAGAAGAGGAACUUCCUUUAUUGAGUUAGAUAACGGUUUGAACAUUGAAAUAAAGUUUUUGUGUCUAGACGAAUAGAGUCAAUCGAUUAAAACACAGCUUUUACCAAACCCAGACAAAUCAGACAAAUAAAACUUAUCAAUGCGCACAUUUUUAUCAACUCAUCUUCAACUUGUCAGUGCUAUUCAGUUUAAAAAAAUGAAAAUAUUU